GGGCCGCCACGAAUCCAACCUCAAGCUGACGAUGGUGCAGACUUUCCUCCUUUCUUCCUCGCGUCAAACGAUACCUUCGUCGUCUUCCUUCUCCCCCCCACCGUAUUCCACCCCCUUCCUCUGUUUCUUUCACCAGUCACUGUCUGGAGGAACGAUAUAGAGAGAGAGAGAGAGAGAGAGAGAGAAGAAAGUUCCAGUCUUUUGGUUCCCCACCUCAUCGCCAUCGCCUACAUCUACCGGUCCCUUACGAAGCCGCGGGAUUCCUUGAUGGGCGUGUGAUUUACUGUUUGGUGGAGCGGAGGCCAUGGGCAAUUGCUUCAACUGUCCAUCGAGGGUCGAGAACUCCGCACAUCGCGCUUCCUAUCCUUCAAACAUUGGUACCAGCAGAAGAAGUGUGUCGUCAAAUCUUUCUGCACCUUCCUACAAGGAAAAGACUGGUGGUGCUCUUCCUGCUUCAAGAACUGAGGGGGAGAUCUUGUCUAACUCAAAUUUGAAGGCCUUCACCUUUAAUGAUCUAAGAAAUGCCACCAGAAACUUCCGCCCCGACAGUCUUAUUGGGGAAGGAGGAUUUGGCUAUGUCUACAAAGGUUGGAUCAAUGAACAAAACUUUGCUCCUUCCAAGCCGGGAUCAGGCAUGGUGGUUGCUGUCAAGAAACUUAAACCUGAAGGAUUCCAAGGCCACAAGGAAUGGCUGACAGAGGUUAACUAUCUGGGUCAGCUUCAUCAUCCAAACUUAGUUAAGCUGAUCGGCUACUGUUCUGAGGGUGACAAUCGACUUCUGGUCUAUGAAUUCAUGCCUAAAGGCAGCUUGGAAAACCAUCUCUUCAGAAGAGGUGCUGAGCCACUACCCUGGGCAACUAGGAUCAAAGUUGCAAUUGGAGCUGCAAGGGGGCUCUCAUUCUUGAAUGAUGAGUCCCAAAUCAUAUAUCGAGAUGUCAAGGCUUCUAACAUUCUUCUUGACACGGAUUUUAAUGCAAAGCUGUCAGACUUUGGAUUGGCAAAAGAUGGUCCUACUGGUGAUAAAACUCAUGUCUCAACUCAAGUGAUGGGAACUCAUGGAUAUGCUGCUCCAGAAUACAUUGCAACAGGGCGGCUCUCUGCAAAAGCUGAUGUCUACAGCUUUGGGGUUGUGUUACUGGAGCUGCUCACCGGACGUAGAGCCCUUGAGAAGACAAAAGCUGGCACAGAGCAGAGCCUUGUGGACUGGGCAAAGCCUAGCUUGGGUGAUAAGCGUAAGUUAUACCGGAUCAUGGACCCAAGGCUGGAGGGGAAGUAUCUGAAGAAAGGAGCUCAUGAACUUGGCAUCCUCGCUCUCCAGUGCAUCGGCAAGGAUGCUAAACGUCGGCCUCGGAUGUCCGAGGUCUUGGCCUCCCUGGAGAAACUGCAAGACUCAAAAUUUGGUGCUUUGCCACCCCAAGCUACUCGUCCGAAGACGUCAAGUACGAUACCGAGGUCACCUAUGAGGAAUCCCCCUCGCUCACCGCUGCGCCCAACACCAAUCGGAUCUCCUCUUCCGUCCUACCGGCGAUCACCGCAUGUAUAUUGAUCGGUAGAAGCUUAGUUGAACUUGUCGGUGAUGACAGGGAAAGGGAAGUGAGGCUUUGUGCUUUCAAGAAUGCAAUCACCUCUGUGCAGAUCAGCCGUCAUGGAAACCUGUUGCUUUCUUGAAAUAUGUUGAUUGAAGUUUGCCCAUGUAUACAAAGAUUUGUUAUGGAUCUCCUGUAUAACAUGUAACAAAGAGUUGAUACGUCCAGAGUUUUUGUUCUUAUGGAUUGGAUCAUCUUUUGCUUUAAUGUAGAUGCUCUCUUAAUCAAGGCUUUAUUAAUUA